CUCAAACCGGAUGUAAUGUCGGCCACACACGUCUCACAAAAAUCACUUCACUCUCCAACCUCUUCCCAUAUCCAAUCUCUCUCUCUCUCUCAAGAUGCUCCUGCGUGGCACCACCGGCACCCCGCUCCCCACCUCCCUCCACCUCCCCACGGCCACCACAUACCGCCACCACCCCCACUCCCUCUCCAUAUCCGCCUCCUCCUCCUCCUCCUCCUCCUCCUCCUCGGCCACCUUCCCUGCCACUCCACUCUCCAUCUCCGACGCCGAGCUCGAGUCCCGGGGCUUCGCCCUCCACCGCGACGCCGCGUCCCUCGACCUGGACCGGCUCAACGCGGUGUUCGUGGCCGUCGGGUUCCCGCGGCGCGACCCCGGGAAGAUCAGGGUGGCGCUGGAGCACACGGACGCCCUGGUGUGGGUGCAGCAGCGGAGGACGGAGAAGCCGGUGGCCUUCGCGAGGGCGACCGGCGACGGCGUGUUCAACGCCAUCAUAUGGGACGUGGUGGUGGACCCCUCGUUCCAGGGAAUUGGGCUGGGGAAGGCCGUCAUGGAGAGGCUGGUCGACGACCUGUUGGCCAGAGGGAUCAACAACAUCGCGCUGUACUCGGAGCCCCGCGUGCUCGGGUUCUACCGGCCACUGGGCUUCGUGGCCGAUCCGGACGGGAUCCGAGGGAUGGUGUACUCGCGGAAGCAGAAGAAGAAAAAGUAGUAUUUCAGAACCGAAGGGAACGUCAUUGAUACCGAAACUAUUCACAGUAAAACAGUUCGAGAAUGACUGUUCGUUUUUGUAUAUGUUUCGUUUAAUUUAGUUUAGGACCGGUUCCCUUUUUUCUUUUCGGAGAAACUGUUAACUGACAGUGCCGAGGUAGUUUCAUCCUUCCUCAUGCAUGAUGAAACAGCAUAUUCCUUGAAAUUGAAUUUAAGUGAACUUUAUUGAGCCCUCGCGGCACAUUGCCACGAA